AUAGUGGCUAGAAGCAAGUUGAAACAGUUCUGAGGUCUCAGCGAUUUGACUUAAGAAAUGAUCAAAGGAUAAUUAAAAAUGAUAAGAAAUAAAUAAGUCUGCACCCAGAUUAAACACGGGAUGCAGCAAAACUUUGUUUCCUUAAACACAUCUUAUAAUCUGUGUCAAGUUUCAGGAAAAAAAGUGACAAAGGCUUUGAACUAGCAACACACAGGCAAGAUACUGUAACAGUGUGUGAAAGUUUCUUUGAUAGAAAAAUGCAAUCAAAUGUAAAGGCAGCUAUAGAUUUUUAGGUAUAUGCAAAAGGAAACGUUAAGAAUCAUAGAAAAAGAGAAACAGACAGAAGAUGUAAAAGAUGUCCACUUUGUCUCUUCUAAGUCGUGGGAGUGGGGAAGUUGUGAACACUGAUCCCAAAAGAAUAGAAGUAUACUUUGAGCCUGAGGAUUACUUUAACUGGAGAAUCCACCACAAUGUAUUCUACACAGGAGAUUCGUUUGGUACCUACAAUCUCCCAAACAAAGAAAGUUGCUUGCAUGAGGCAUGGAAUCCAGCUCUGGCAAAAACCUACAGCACCAAGAAAGGUCCACUUGUCCUGUAUUCUGAGGACCUAGCUUUGUCAUCCUGGCAAAAAGAAACAAAGGAAUUUUUCUUGCAGCAGCAUGGACAGCAAAAAACACACCCACAAGUGGAGCUACACACGCUGAAGGACUUGACAGGAGCUAUUCUGGCAUAUGGGCAAAAGGAGAAAAACCACAAGACUGGCAAUCCAUAUCUACACUUUCUGAAUAGUGAUCAGAGUGACAAGCAAAUUCGCCCAGGAUAUUCAGCAAAGAGAUAUUUAGCUACUCUUUCCCAGACAUGGGACCCUGACACCGUAGAUCAGCUCAAGAGUGCAGGUCGUAUUUGUGAUUCUACAGAACUGAAAGAAGAUUUAAAAAAAUGCCAGGCCCACCAGAAGAAUCACAACCACCUGUCAGAUAUUCCCAAGCCAUACAGAAUCCUGCCGGGUAUAUUGCCUACAAUUCAUCAGAUAUACGACAACAAUCAAGACCUGCAAGUGAUAUCUGAUCCAGCAGUCUACAGUCAAAAUGCAAAGAACUCUGAAACAGAAAGACUCAAAACACAGCAACUGAAUGAUGAAUAUUACAGAAGGCAGUCUACUGGAAAUGAACGGGGAUUUCUUUUCUCACAGCCAGCCUUGUAUGUGACCCCAAUGCCUGAAAGUGAAUUUGUUUGGGAGGAAGAAGACGUAGAACCCAUCACCCAGCAGGAUUCUUCUGUUGUGUUACAUCAAGAUGCACCUGCUCAUGAAAACAGUCAAAAUGAAAAAUGGUCUAGAAAUGAAAUGGGCUCAGUGGGGAAAGCAAGUAUUGACUUAUCAAGACUCCACAGUGAGAAAUCCCGCAUAACAUACUAUGGUGGUACCUUCGGUGGAGGGAAGAAACCCGCUAGUUGGAAACAGGAGCGCUCCAAACACAGCACAAAAAGAGAAGCAACUAUACUUGAGGACAGUGCUGAGGAGGAUUUUCAUCUCCCACGUAUUCCACUGGGAUCUUUUCCUGGAAAAGAACAUUUUCUGGACCCAAACAACAAAGAGAUGGAGAAGCUAAAGCUACCUCCCAUUCCAGAAGAAUCGGUAAGAACCCAACAAUCUCGAAGAAAACUGCCACAACAUCCCAAAGAAUUAGUUGUUCUUCCACUUUUGGUAAACAUUCCGAAUCAACAAGAUGCUGGAGCUGAAGGUCACCUAGACGGUACACAGCUAUAUGGCUACACAUUAGAUGAAGAAACGAUGACUAACACAAGCACUGAGGAUGAUGAACCUAUACACAGACCAAAUGACCUACUGAAUCAGCCUGAGAGGAAUUUUGAUCAGAAGACAUCAGCAUUGCCCAAAGACCACUAUCAUUCUGAUAUAGAAGCUAUGCAACCAACAGUGGAGGCCAAGCAGCAUUUAAUGGAACACAAUCAGCAGUCGAUGGGUGCCAAUCAGCCUUCAGUGGAAAACAAUCAUCUGUCUACUGGUGUUUAUCAGUAUUUGGUGGAAGUGAAUGAGUUUGGUCUGGAAGGCAAGAAGAUGGGGCCAACCCAAAUAACUACUGAACCAGGGGAAGACAGUGACAAAGAUGAUAACAUUCCCAAUCCCACUGUAGGUCCAACAGUAAGCUUGUUGCCACCAAUCAAUGGUAAGAAAGGACCUGGGAACCAGAGCAGUAUGGCUAGCUUCAAAGCCAGCAAUAGUAGUAUGAAAGCUGCAACUACAGGAAUCGUACGAGGAGUGCUGCCUGAGGAACUGCGAGAAUGUUGUAAGGAAGGUUCAGUUGGAAGUCUCAUCAUGGGUCCCGAUGGUGAAAUUGUCUGUGUAUCUCUUCGUGGUUCAAAUAAAGAUCCAAAUGAAAUUCUCACCCAAAUGGACUACAUUCCUCCUGAAGUCUGUACAUCUCCAACAUCCACAAUCAGUGAAGAGGAGCCAUGGACCGUAUUUCAUCAGCGCCUUGAAGAAGUUAAUGCAAUGGACAUUGAAAAUUCAAAUUUAUCUAUUCAUCUGAUUCACGAUAAGGAGCAUCUGAGCCCACGACAGAUGGACAAGGAAAGUCCUGUGAAACAACUUAAGGAGGUAAAAAUAGUGGAACCAGAAAUGAAAUCCCCUAAAGGAGAAGCUACUGAAACUGUUUUGGUGGAAACAGAGAUGGAUUCAAGAAAUGAAAAUAUAAGCAGCACUGAUAUGGAACAACAGUACCAAGAAAUGAACAAUACAGGUACCUCAACCAUACAAGUCCAGUCAGCUGCUCAUGAUGGCAGCCUCUAUCAGAAUGUCACUGAUUCCAAGUCAAAUAAUCAGAAAGCACUGCUGGAUCAGAAGGAGAGCCCAGGGCCCAACCUACCACCACCUCUAGGUACAGAACAUCUGAGUGAGACACUUCAGCCAAACAAUAUUGUGGUUCCAGCAGCUAAUGUUCAAAGUGAAGCUGCUCCCCUAUCCUCUGGAACAGAAGCAGGAAUCUCAGGCAGAGUUGCAGAUCCAAAUGUUAGCAGUGCGUCAUCUACUAUAGUAGUGACUGAGAGAAAGGACAAACAAAAACAAGCGAAUAUAAAAGCUGCCAAGAGAGAGCAGCCAUCCUUAAAGACCAAAGAUGGACUAGGAAUGAAGCAUACUGAUAAAGUAAUAAUGGCAGUGGAGGAAAAGAAGACACUCCAAUCUGAACCCAACCCACAACUAGCUGAUCACAGCUCUGCUACUGUUGAACCAAAGGAGCAUGUAGAGUCUAAUAUGCAGGACACUCCAGCUCCAGCCAUGGACACCAGUCAUCAACCUGUUUCACAGAAGAGGCAGGAAGUGCCUGGAGGAAAAAACAAGAAAAAGAAACAGAAGCUCAGUGAAUCAAGAUCAGAGCAAUCAGAUGAGAGUUCAAAUGGGACGCAGUCAACAGUUGUUUCUGACAAGAAGAAGAGCAAGAAAGAAGAAAAAGAGAAAAGCAAAACCAAGCCGGAAUUUGUAGUCGGUCAACCUCGAGAAAAGAGACAAGAAGUAAAAGCACCUUCUGGUCCAAGAAAGGAAUCCCCUAAAGUGCCUCAAAAAGAAGAUAAGCCAGAACCUGAAAAUGAAGUACAGGAUGAACAGAUGUUUGAAGGGGUAACCCAAAGUGAUUUAGAAGAUGUUAUCUUAAUAGAGGUAGAGAAUGUUUCUGAGAGAGAUUCUGCAUCUGUGGUCCCUUCUGAGUCAUAUCAGCUUCAAGCUGCGGACAGAACUAUAUCUAAUCCAUCUGUGGCAUUCACAGUUACUUCAGAACCAGAAAGUGCCAAAACAACUGAGGCAACAGAGGAUCCAAAUAAAAGCCAGCGACAAGACAGAGACAGACAGUUGCGGGAUGCAAUGCGAGCAGAGCAGGCUGAGAAGCGUAGACUGGAAGUGGAGAGAAAGAGAAUCGAGCGAGAGGAACUAAAGCGCCGUGAACUGGAGAAGCUAGAAAGAGAGCAGAGGAUGAAACAGGAAAUGGAGGAUGAACAACGCAGAAGACUAGAAGAAUCCAGGUUAAAUAAGCAGCAAUUAGAAGAUGAGAGCAGAAGAAAGGAGGAGGAAGAAAGAAGGCGGCUUGAGAGAGAGCAGAUGGAGCGGGAGCGGCUUCGUAGACAGCAGGAAGAAUAUCGCAGAAAGCUGUUGGAGAUGCAGCUCAGAAAGCAGCAAGAAGAAGCAGACAGAGCAGCGGAAGUUGAGCGCCGUCAGAGGGAAGAAGAACAAAGACUGGCAGAGGAGCGAUUGCGACUGCUGGAAAUGGAAGAAGGUGAGCGCCUGGAAUAUGAAAGAAGAAAACGUGAGGAGGAGGAGAGAAGAAGACUGGAGGCAGAGCAAAGAAGACUGCAGGCUGAAGAGUACAACAGACUUGCAAUACAAGAGGCAAUGCGCCAAGCAGGACUGCUAGCCAGACAAAGAGCCUUGUUGGAACAACAACUGCAGUUUCAACGUAAGCUUCUAAUAGAGGCUGAUGGACUAGACCGCACACAAGACAUCUCUCGACCUUGGGUUUUCUCCUACUUUGAGCUCCUGAAAAUGUUGGGGAUACCACUUCCUUCUGAGGAACUUGUCAAAGAAUAGUGAAUGUAUAGAGUCAAGGUGAAAUGAAUGCAGUUUUGGAAAGACAGACUGGAUGCACAAGUAACUCAUGAGUAAAACAGCUGAUUUUUUCUAUACAGUGUUUAAAAAAUAGCAGACUGUUAUCUGCUACACAACAUAUUGAUCAAUUCUAUCAGCAAACAUUACUUAAAGAAAGGGAUUAUUACAAAUAAGUCUGUUUUGAUUUCAUAAAGAUGUUUGCAUUAAUGUUUUGACAUUCAAGUCAGUUUACAAGGAUGAUGAACUUUUCUCAAAUUCAGGUGCAGCCUCAGUUAACUGAAUACAAAAACUCAAAAAUAAUAUAGAAUUCAAAACCACAUUAUAAAACAACCAAAAUGUACAUUAAUAUGUUUUAAUCACAAAGGAAUAGUCAUGCAUGAACAUGCUUCUGUAAGACCUAUCAAGACAAAUGUGACAUACAUGAUAAGUAUAUGACUUAUUAAGCCUCUCAAAUGUUCUUGAGACAGACUUGAAAACAGACAGCUGAGGACUGUAUUUGUUCCAGAAUAUCAAAGAAAUAAAUUAAGCAAAUAAAUCAGAUGCUCUUGCAA